UCAAUGGUGCCUUGAUAAAAAAACUGUAAAAAUCUGAAAUAUACAAAGGUUCACCUUAUUUCUGAGAGACAUUGAUUUUCUCCUAACGGGUACUGGUUUUCCAUCACCAGUUUUGUCAACAGGUUUUACCAUAAUAACUGAGUAAACAACCAAAAAAUUUCUAUAUCUACAAAAGAUAAAAGGGGUUUUCUAGAUAUCUUGUAGGCCGGAUAGUAUUUAUUGUUACCUUCAAUUUUAAAAAUAGGAAGCAAAUCUGGAAAGAGGACUUGACAAGAUUUAUGACUCCAAAUGUGAUUAAAGACAUCUAAAGCAUCUCCAAGAGUCUCAAAUCUUUGUACAAAAUAGGACAAGAGAUUACCAUUAAAAUAUAGUUUUACUUCACUGUUAUUAAUAAUAGUAGCUGUGAGCGAAGAUAUAUUGCAACAAAAGAAAAUGAUCCCAAUUAAUGAAAAUUUAAGAAAAAUUUAUAAUUACAAUAAUUGGAAACGUAACUGCCAAAAUAAAAGCUGAUGAUAAUCAGUCUGCAGAAAUGAAAGCUGAUAUUUGAGCAAGGAGGAAACCGAGAAAAUCACCAAAGAUAUAGAGAUCUGAGGGCAGGCAAGGAAAUUGCAAAUUGAACUUACAUGUGUGAAAGACCUGCAAAAUAUAUUCCAAUUUUUUUUCCCAAAGCACGUGGCAAUAUUGUUUCAAGAAGCUCAACAAUUAGGGUUGAGUUUUGAUUGAAAGAUGCAGGGUGUAAAAAGGUUCUGUCACCCCUGCAAUGUGGAAGGAGGCUUGCAAUUUUGGAUGAUGGCAAUGGGCACUCAACAGAAUAAUAUGAUUUGCUUUUACCAGGUGCAAUUUGAUGGCGAUAAUCCAUCCUGUUGGAACAAUGUGAUGUUGAAUUAUGUGUGUAUAUUUAGAACUCAGAAAACGAGACUUGAUUAGUGUUUGUUUUGAACUUAAAAGUGUAGUGGAGUUAUUAUUUUUCAGUGGAAUUGGUACUACAAGACUUUAAUAUACCAGCUCCUUUGAUAAGGUUGAUUAUGUUCUCAGUGUCCUCUUUACAACUUUCAAUCCUUUGGAAUGGAGAACAAUUACCACCUUUUAAUCCUCAACGAGGCCUACGGCAAGGAGACCCACUUUCUCCUUAUUUGUUCAUCAUGUGCAUGGAAAGGCUAUCUCACAAGAUACAAAGCAAGGUGCACUCCAAAGCAUGGAAGCCAUUUCGGAUAUCCAGAGGAGGAUUUGCUCUCUCACACCUGUUUUUUGCCGAUGAUCUCAUGCUUUUCAGUGAGGCUUCUAACCAACAAGUUGAAGUAAUCAUGGGUUGCCUUACCGAAUUCUCUCAUGAGUCAGGGCUUGAUAUCAACUUAACCAAGUCCAAGUUAUAUGUUUCUCCAAACAUACAAAGGCAGGUUGCUGGAAAUCUAAGUGCAGCUUGUGGUAUUCCCCUAACAAUAGACUUGGGUAGAUACUUGGGAGUCCCAAUUCUGCAUGGCCGGUCUUCAGCUUCUACCUACAAACUUAUCUUGGAAAAAAUUCAAGUGAAAUUGGCUGGCUGGAAACAGACUUUGUUAAGCAUGGCCGGAAGAAGAGUGUUAGUACAAGCUGUGACUUCGGCCAUUCCCUCCUAUACAAUGCAGUCCAUUUUGUUGCCAAAUAGCAUAUGUGCAGCCAUCGACAAUCUGAAUAGAAAAUUCUUAUGGGGCUCUGACGUUGCAAACAAACAACACCUUGUUAAUUGGAGAACAGUAUGUAGACCAAGGCAUCUUGGAGGCUUGGGCUUACGUUCUGCUAAGGAGAACAACCAGGUCUUGAUCUCCAAAUUAGGCUGGCAAUUGAUCUCUAACCAAAACAAGCCUUGGUGCAGGGCUCUCUCGACUAAAUAUCUGAAAGGUGAGUCCUUGAUACGCUGCCCCAUCUCAUCUACCGCCUCAGCCACUUGGAAGAGCAUCUUGAAAUGCAGGAAUAUUUUGCAAUUAGGCCUGCGGUGGAGAAUUGGUGAUGGACAGCGAAUUAAGUUUUGGCAGGACAUUUGGGUGGGUGACAAGCCUUUAUACGAAGUCGCUCUUUCCCCAGUGUUACCUGCUCUUAUGGAUACCCCAGUUUCACACGCCAUUAACUCAACUCGAGACUGGGAUGCGGAUUGGCUUAGAAAUCUCCUCCCUAACAAUGUAGUUGCUCAAAUCUUGGCAACUCCAAUUCCAGCAUUUCAACAACAAGAGGAUAUAGUGUUUUGGAAUGGCUCACCAGAUGGUACUUUCUCUGCUAAGUCGGCUUUCGAACUGUUGCAACAACAGCAAGUUGUUUUAACUCAGCAAGGGGAGAGUUGGAGGUGGAUAUGGAAAUUACAAUGCAUAGAGAAAAUUAAAUUGUUUGUUUGGCUGCUUUGUAAAAACAGAGUGCUCACAAACAGUGUCAGAUUCGCAAGACACUUUGCUGCAACUCCAAUUUGCCCGAGAUGCGAGCAGAGCCCAGAAACCCCACUUCACCUAUUGCGUGAUUGCUAUCACUCACGUUUAUUUUGGGAAGCUGCUCCUGUGUUACCUCCUGACUUUUUCAUGCUGGACUUUAAUGAAUGGUUGCGGAAGAAUGCACAAACUUCAAUGACUAGUGCUGCUUCACGUCAUAACUGGUCUACACUUUUCUUAUCUGCCAUUUGGGUGAUCUGGAAGAAUAGAAACGCUCUUAUUUUUGACAAUCAAAGAACUCCCCCCCAUAUCCUAUUGCAACAUGCUUCCUCCUUAGCUCGAGACACAAGCUUGGGGCUGGCCACAAAUAUUCUUGCUCACCCUCGCCUACCUAGGUGGGUAAGAUGGUCUCCUCCUAAUUUCCCUUUCCUCAAAUUGAAUACAGAUGGGGCUAUGAGUCAAGCAUCGGGAAAUGCUAGUGCAGGAGGUCUCAUUCGAGAUCAUGGAGGGCAGUGGCUACAUGGCUUUGCGAUUAAUAUUGGGCCACAAACUAGCUAUAUGGCGGAGCUUUGGGGUUGUCGCGCUGGCCUCCGGUUAGCUCUCGAGAUGGGUCUCACCCACCUAGUCCUUGAAAUGGAUUCCUUGUUGGCGGUGCAGGCAAUAUUGGCAAGGAAAACCGGGGAUGGCCCAGCUUCAAUACUUCUGUUGGACAUCUUCCACCUUGUCAAUUCCUUUGAGGUUUGCACGGUGCAACACACUUUGAGGGAAGGAAACGCAGCAGCUGACUACAUGGCCUCUAUUGGACAAACUCUCACCCAGGGCACUAGUUUUUUUCAAUCUCCACCGCCGGGUAUCAGGAGCAUCCUCCAUGAAGACAGCAUAGGCACUUUGUUCCUUAGGACUUAGCGUUGUCUUGCUUCUUCUGUACCAAAAAAAAAAAAAAAAAAGUAAUGCCUUUCUAGAAAACGUAAACCGUGUAGACAGCACCAACAGUAAAAUAUAAUGCGGUGUUCCAA